AUGGAUUCGUUACAAGCACGGCAGACAUGGGAGCUGGAGAAUCGAAUCGAGCCGUUGGCGUCCGCUGACGUGGACGCGAUCUACCGCUACGACGAGCGAAUCCACGCGGACGUGCUGUCGCAGAAGCCAUGGACCAAGGACCCGCACUUUUUCAAAAACGUGCGAAUUUCCGCGCUCGCGCUGCUGAAAAUGGUCGUGCACGCGCGAUCAGGCGACACCAUAGAGGUGAUGGGCAUCAUGCAAGGCAAGGUGGUGGACGGAACCAUCAUUGUCAUGGACGCGUUUGCUCUGCCUGUGGAGGGCACUGAGACCCGAGUCAACGCCCAGGCUGAGGCGUAUGAGUACAUGGUGGAGUUCACCCAGACGAAUAAGAGGGCUGGGCGGCUGGAGAACGUGGUGGGGUGGUACCACUCGCAUCCGGGGUACGGGUGCUGGCUGUCAGGCAUCGACGUGUCCACUCAGAUGCUCAACCAGGAGUUCCAAGAGCCUUUUCUGGCUGUUGUCAUCGACCCCACCCGUACUGUAUCCGCUGGCAAGGUGGAGAUUGGAGCAUUCCGCACAUAUCCCAAGGGGUACAAGCCACCAGAUGAGCCGCCAUCGGAGUAUCAAACCAUCCCUCUCAACAAAAUUGAGGACUUUGGCGUGCACUGCAAGCAGUACUACUCCCUAGACAUCACCUAUUUCAAGUCGUCACUCGACUCGCACCUGCUCGACCUGCUGUGGAACAAGUACUGGGUCAACACGCUCUCCUCCUCGCAGCUGCUUCAAAGCAUCUUCCUUUCCUGCCAUCCCUCAUCUCUUCCCCUUCUGCAUCCACCCUCCCUCUCAGUACUACUCCCUAGACAUCACAUACUUCAAGUCGUCCCUCGACUCACACCUGCUGGACCUGCUGUGGAACAAGUACUGGGUCAACACGCUCUCCUCCUCGCAACAAGUACACUGUCUUUUUCUACCAUCCCUCAUCCCCCAUCCCUCUUCCCUGCACAGUACUACUCCCUAGACAUCACAUAUUUCAAGUCAUCCCUCGACUCACACCUUCUCGACCUGCUGUGGAACAAGUACUGGGUCAACACGCUCUCCUCCUCACAGCUCCUCGCCAACCGAGACUACGUGGCAGGGCAAAUUUCUGACCUGGGUACGUCGUGGGCAGGCCUGCCUGAGUCUGUCCUCUGUACGACCUGGGUGGGUGUGCUGUAUGCAUUAUCGACUCAAGUACUGGGUCAACAUGCUCUCCUCCUCACAGCUCCUCGCCAACCAAAACUACCGGAGAAGCUGGAGCAGGCAGAGGGGCAGCUGGCGCAUUGGGGUUCACUUGCAGUCAAUGUCUGUUCCUUCCCCCUGUUUCCCCCUUCCGUCUCCCACCCGCUCCCCUCUUUCCCUCCCAUCCACAGCGGAGAAGCUGGAGCAGGCAGAGGGGCAGCUGGCGCAUUCAGGGCGCAUCGGGGGGUUCCUGAUGCCGCCACAGCGACGCAAGGAGGUGAGUGA